GAUCAGCUCUGAUAGUAUUAGUGGAAUAUUAGAGUUGAGGAGAAUUUUUUACACAACUAUAACAAAUUAAUGGGGAGGAAAUCAACAAGCUCACCACAAAUCAAUCAAACAAUCAAAUCUAUAUUGGAUUUUUUUUUUCUACUUCUUUCUCUAAUUAAAGAUUAGAAAUGUAACACAAUUUCUUCGAAUUUAAGCAACAAGAGUUUUGGAAUAGGAAAGAAUUGCUUCCAAAAAAGAAAAGCAAGACAAACAUGAAUUAAAAAAGUUAAUCACAAGAAUCUGACGUAGGAAAGUUUAGAAUUUGAAUUAGUCAACUACCUAAAAGAACUCGACUGAAAUAAAAUUUCCAAAUCUGCACAUAAACUUCUUUAUUUGAUACUAUGUAGUAAUAAUUGCUUUCUUGUUUAACAUCCCAACCUCCCUAAUAAUCUUACAUAACUACGUGAAACCCUAGCUAUAUGUGUAUAUAUAUAUAUAUGCUCAUCAAGAAUCCGCAGCAGCACAGUUACAAGCUUCAACUUAGAUACAUACAAGUCAUGUAUUCUCAUCAGCAACUGAUGACGGAUCUCGUUGUCGUGCUCCUUCUCUGUGGAGUACUACUUCUGCCUUCUACAGCCAAAGACGUACCGUUUGAUGACAACUACAGAAUUACUUAUGGGAACGACCAUGUCGCCUUCUUCAAUCAAGGAACACAACUUCAGCUUUCAAUGGACGUGCACUCUGGGGCUGGCUUUGGCUCCAAGGUGAACUACGGAUCAGGCUUCUUUGACAUGAGGAUAAAGGUCCCAAACAAGGAUUCUGCAGGAGUAGUUACAACUUUCUACCUGAGUUCGAAUAGCCAAUAUGCUCACGACGAGGUGGAUUUUGAGUUUCUGGGCAACAAGGAAGGGAAACCUUAUGCAUUACAGACAAACGUAUUUGCACGCGGGGUUGGAGGUAGAGAAGAGAGGACACUUCUGUGGUUCGAUCCAACGGCAGAUUUUCAUUCCUAUCAAAUACUCUGGAACCCGUAUCAUAUAGUGUUUUAUGUUGACAACAUUCCUAUCCGCAUAUACAAGAACAACACAGCCUCGGGUGUAGGCUACCCGUCACAGCCAAUGCAAAUACUGGCAAGCUUGUGGGAUGGAGAUGGUUGGGCGACAGAUGGGGGCAAAACAAAGACUGAUUGGUCUCAAGCACCAUUCAUAGCAUCCUACCAAGACUUCAACGUUGAUGGCUGCCCAUUAACUGAUAAUCAGAAUAUGGAUAUUCAGCGCUGUCAGUCCCCUAAUUAUUGGUGGAACCAAAGGAAAUUUUGGAAGUUGGAUUCCAAUCAGAUGAAAGCAAUGGAAGCAGUGAGAAAUAAGUAUAUGAACUAUGAUUAUUGCAGCGACAGGAAUAGAUAUGCUGUUCCUCCUCUCGAGUGUAGUAGCAACACUUAUGAGUGAUCUUCAAUCAAGUUAGCAAGAGGAACUUCAAAAAGAAAUUAAUUAUACUAUAGUAUGAUUGAUUAAUUAUUGGGACGGAUUUGAUUUGUUACAACCAUUAGAAGAAUUAUAUAUGAUGCUACGUCUCA